AAUCACAACUCUCACUUCUCUAAACAACGCCUCUAAUUCGGCUAGGAUAUGUGGGGGCGGUUGCUUUUAAGUCACCGUUUGAAUUGUUGAGUUCAGGGAGUUUAUGCCUAUGUGAAAAAAAAAAAAAAGAAACGGUCAAUUUGACUAUUCCGUAGAUGCUCUCAUGAAAAUUGCACUAAAUGGUUCAUUUGCGUAGAGUUUUGUAGCUUUACCAAGCCGACAUAGCAUUCUUUCAUGACAUCUUUCGAACUCACCUUAUUUGCUGUGAUAUCUACAGCAUAACUAGCUAACGUUAGCUAUUUGAUGUUCAGUAGGAAACAUAGCUAGGUGGACGUGCCAGGUGCUUGCUAACUUCUCUCAUUUCCUUGCGAUUUAAUCGAAUUUGUUUCUCGGAAAAACUGUUUUCUAGCCAAUCAACAACUGUAGCUGACAAACAAUGCAUUGAUACAACAAGUCUAAUGUUAAUUCAAUGAAAUUGACAAGAAGAAGAUAGCUGGCUAAUAUCGGCUGGCUAGCUUCAGCUUGCUCGUUGUUGGUGCUCUCUUUGUUUUGACAAAGGACUUGAGUUUCUAUAUUUUUUAUAUUUGGAAUACACCUGUGACACUUUUUAUUUCCUGGGCCAUGGCUCCCCAGAAGCACGGUUCUUCUGGCGGCGACAACAACGUAUCGGGUCCCGUUGUGGGCUAUUGUGGUACCGGUGGCGGCAGAGCGAACGGCAGUGUCUACGGCCACCAAACAACUGCAGUUGUGGUGCCCGCAGCCAAGAAACCGAAAAUGGAACUGGUUCAAGCCGACCAUGAGUUGUUCUUGCAGGCAUUUGAAAAACCGACCCAGGUCUACAGGUUUCUCAGAACCAGGAACUUGAUAGCGCCCAUAUUUUUGCACAGAACCCUCACCUACAUGUCCCACAGAAACUCAAGAACAAACGCCAAAAGGAAGUCCUCCAGGGUGGAUCACCUGCUGUACAGAGUGGAGAAGAAGAGGGCUGAGCAGAGGGCACACAGCCUGGCUUCACACCUACAACUCACCUUCACUGGGUUCUUUCAUAAAGUUGAGAAGUCAUCAGUAGACUCUGAGAAUAAGCAGAACUCUGUUUCUCUAGAGGUGCUGCUGGUUAAAGUCUGUCACAAGAAGAGGAAGGAUGUGAGCUGUCCAGUGAAGCAGGUCCCUACAGGGAAGAAGCAGGUGCCUCUGAACCCAGACAGCAGCACUCCCAGCAGUCAGGCCAAGCCAGGCUCCUGUCCUUCUCUGGUGGUGUCCAGUAGUGAGUUUGAAGCCAGCAGCAUCCAUACGGUCAAGUCCUACUCCCUGUUGUUCAGAGUGUCAGGACCAGGCAGGACGCAGCACAACAGACUGGUCAAUGGACAGACCAAUGAGAACAUAGAGGAUGUGUGUAACAGGAAGAAGAGAAGCUCCACCGUCAGAGAAGAAGAAGUGGGAGAAACAACGUUCGUAGCUCAGAUGACUGUGUUUGAUAAGAACAGGCGUCUCCAGUUGUUAGAUGGGGAGUAUGAGGUGUCUAUGCAGCAGAUGGAGGACUGUCCUGUCAACAAGAAGAGAGCCACCUGGGAAACAAACCUGGAUGGAAAGCGCCUCCCUCCGUUUGAGACGUUCUCCCAGGGUCCUACUCUCCAGUUCACGCUGCGUUGGACAGGCGAGCCCAGUGAUAGGUCGACGGCCCCCGUGGCCAAACCCCUCGCCACACGGAACGCUGACGCUAGCAGCCUGACCUCCGAUCCUAGGCCCUGCUCCCUCAGACCCACACAGACCGUAGCUGUCAAAGACUCCUUCAGCAGUACAGACUUUCAGAUGAGACGGGAACACACACUCGUGGAACCAAGAGACAAUCUACGCAUAUUCUACCAGUUCCUGUAUAACCACAACACACAGCAGCAGACCGAGGCAAGGGAUGACCUCCACUGUCCCUGGUGCACUCUGAACUGUAGAAAACUCUACAGUCUCAUCAAACACCUCAAAUUGGCCCACAGCAGAUUCAUCUUCAACUACAUGCCCCACCCUAAGGGAGUGAGGAUAGACGUGUCUAUUAAUGAGCAUUAUGACGGGGCGUACGCUGGUAAUCCUCAGGAUAUUCACAGUCAGCCCGGCUUCGCCUUCAGCAGGAACGGACCCGUCAAGAGAACCCCUGUCACACACAUACUCGUCUGCAGACCUAAGCGUCUUCUCCCCCCCAGUCUGUGUGAGUUCCUGGAGGUUGAUGGAGGAGAGGGAGACCAGCAGAGAAUCAUCACUGGUCACAACCGCCUCUACUUCCGGUCAGACAGCUGUACCCCCAAAACACCCCAGGAGGUAGAGCACGACAGUGAGGAUGAGACAGACCCCUUCUGGCUCCGAGAGAGGACCAUCAUGCAAAUACAGGAGUUUACAGACGUGAAUGAUGGAGAGAAGGAGGUGAUGAAACUAUGGAACCUCCAUGUUAUGAAGUAUGGCUACAUAGCAGAUAACCAGAUGAACGGAGCGUGUCUGGCGUUUGUGGAAGGUUGCGGUGCGUACAUCGCCAGGAAGAACCUCUGUAGGAACUUCCUGUUACACCUGGUCAGCAUGCACGACUUUAAACUGGUUACCACGACAACCAUCAACCAGGCCAUGACACGCCUCCGACACAUCCAGCAGACCCAGCGGCAGGAGGGAGGAGAGGGGGAUGGAGAGGGGGAUGGAGGAGCAGGAGAGGGGGAUGGAGGAGAGGAGAGGGCGACGGCGCUGGAGUCUCAGCCUGAGCUGGAACCCGACUAUGACACAUGUAAUGACCACAACACGUAUGGUAAGAGUAACCAUGGUAAUGGCCGCACCAAUGGAAACGGCAUCGGCGAUGAUGAUGAAGAAGCUGGUAGUUCUGUUGCUGUGGAAACGUCCAGGCCGAGCAAGAGGCAUAAGUUCUGAGGUUCCCUCCGCCCCUCUCCUGGAAGAGUGAUAAGAAUCUAAAAUGGCGCCCGGCGAUGGUGAUUGGCUGGGUGGAGGGUGAAAGAGGGUGUGGUGUUGGUAGUGAUUGGAGGGAAUAAGAGACUCAUGAUGACAUCAUUCCAAACAGGCACUGGGUGUUGGGUUUACUGUAUAGAGGUGGUGGGCCAGAAUCAUUUAAGCCCAUUUGGACACACACAUAAAUACACACACACACACUCAUUGUCCCACUGGUUAUAGCAGGGAUACAUACAUCUAGUGUUUUCCCAUGUCUGGUUCUUCAGUCUCCCAUGAUGUCAUUAGAGUAACAUUACAAUGACCAUGAGUUCUGAGUAACUUAGCCUGGGUCCCAAAAAGCACCUUAUUCCCUUUAUAGUAGUGCACGACUUUUCACCAGGCUAGCAUUCUGUCCAGGAGGUGUACUUGUACAUCAAGCUGCCGUUCUGGCUAUUACAAAGCUUACUUACUGUUUUUGUCCAGGGCCCUAAAUAGAUCAGAGGUCCCCAAGCUGUUUCACUCAGGCCCCCCUUCCAGCACUGGGGAACAUCCAUUUCAGGCCCCCCUUCCAGCACUGGGGAACAUCCA